AUGCAUGGGCACCGGCAAAUCGGCGAGCUCCUGCUGCAGAAGCGCGCCGAUCCCACCGCCCGGGACAUCUUCACGCAUAAUGCCGCGGAUGUGUGUGUCUUCAGUCGGCGCAUCCGCGAGGGCGACUUCCCCGCGCAGCUGAACAAGACAAUUGCCCAGACGGAGAAGCGCCGACUGAGCGAGGCCCGCAAGCAAAGUGCCAAGAACAAGAAGCUGGAGAAGCGCGAGCGCGAGCUCCGAGCGGCGGCCGCCUCGGCAAGCCCCAGCAGCCCUUCGCCCGGGAGCAUUGCCACAUCGAGCUCCUCCUCCUCGCUCGCCCCUUCGGCCAUGCACCCGGGUGACUACUCGCCGGGGGGAGGCGAUCACCCCCACGCCGGGCCCAUGUCAUCCUCGCCCAUCAGCGCCGGGGGUGGCCAGUCUCCCGUGUCGGCCAGCAGUUCGCCGGCGCCCGGAUCGUCGCUCAGUCGGCGAUCCAGCAUGGCGGCCAGCGCCGCAUCGCGCUUCGGCCUCGGGUCCGGCUCCGGCAGCGGCAGUGGCGGCAGUCUCGGCGGUGCCAGCGGCCGGUCCUACCUGCACCAAGCCAUGAUGGAGUCCCAGGCGGCGGAGGCUGCAUCGGGAAUGGCCGGCCCUGGUGGCUGGAGCGAGGAUGCCUCGCACUCGACGCCUCCGCCCGGCGGGCAGCCCAAUGUCCCGGUCUAUGGUGCCAAGCACAGCCAUCCGUCUUCCUAUGCCGCGGCCAUCGUCGAUUCAAAUGGCCCGCCCCCGGGGGCGUCUCUCUCUCGCCGGGGGAGUGUCGCCCUGCGGAAUGCCUUCUUCCGUGGGGGAACAUGA